AUGGAAGCUUCUAACAGAAACCUGAAAACAGCUCUAGAACAAACACAUUGGGCUCCUACAAACCUCACAACGACACCAGAAGGAGAAGACAAGUUGAUGCAGAAGAUGCAAAUCUCUAUUGCGAAACUAAAGAAAUCUGGAUUCUUUGCUGCUUUUCUAAAUCAAAUCCGUAACUCUGAAGCUUCAUUCCAUUUCCAUAGGGUUACGGAAUCAGAACACAAGUUAAAGAUGGUCAUUUACGGAAUUGGAAGCAUUGAAUCAUCUAAAUCCUCUGAAUUACAGCUUAGCCUUGCGAUCCUGAUGAAAAAAGAAGUGGAUUGGAUCGGAGAUGUUGAAGUUUUCGAUCCGAUUAUUUCUUUGACAGAAUUGAAAGUUAUUGAGGAACUCGGUUGUUGUGUUCUUUCGGUUAAUGAGUGGUGUCAGAGAGAAGCUGUGAACCCGAUUCUUUUUUUCAUGCCACGUUGUCGAGUAACGCUAUUUGAAAAUCUCCUAAAGACCAACUGGAGACAUGGUAUGUUGAACCGAAUUAUUAUACUUGGCAAUAGUUUUAAGCACCAGAAGAACUAUAGGUUGAAGCAUUUAUGUGCCAUACAACCAUUCACCAAAGAGUUUGAGAUUUCUAACCUUUCGGAAGCAUAUAUAAGAGCCGCCUUUGGGGGAUUGAGUUGGCAUUUCUUUAGCGUUGGUUGUGAGGCCAACCUCAAACUAACAUGUUGA